AUGACAACUCGUUCUGCAACUAAUCGGCGUAGCAGUGCGUCGGUACAUCCUUAUCCCAGUCCAUCAUUGGUCUCUAUUGUUCUUGGUGCUCAAUGGGGCGAUGAAGGAAAAGGCAAGUUAGUUGAUCUAUUAGCAUCGGAAGCUGAUAUUGUUUGUCGUUGUCAAGGUGGCAACAAUGCUGGGCACAGUGUUUUAGUAGAUGGCGUUGAAUAUGAUUUUCAUAUGCUUCCAUCAGGUUUUCAUCUACAAAAUUGUGUUAAUAUUAUUGGCAAUGGUUGUGUCGUUAACUUACCUGAACUAGUAGAAGAAAUCAAAAAGAAUGAGAGUCGUGGUGUGACGAAUUGGUCGACUCGAUUGUUCAUAUCUGAUCGAGCGCAUCUUGUUUUUGAUUUUCAUAAGCAAAGUGAUGGUUUUCUUGAACGAGGACGUGGUAAGAGUAGUCUUGGUACAACAAAAAAAGGUAUCGGUCCAACAUAUUCAUCGAAAGCUACACGAAACGGCAUUCGUAUGAGUGAUUUGGUUGGCGAUUUUUCUAUUUUCACUGAAAAAAUACAAAGCCUUUACAAUUAUUAUAAAUUAACAUUCCCUGAUUUGGAGGUUGAUAUUGAAAAGAUCAUUGCACAAUUCAAAGAACUUGCUGAAUAUUUUCGUCCAAUGACUAUCGACACGAUAGCCUAUUUAAAUCAAUCUAUACUUGAUGGUUCGAAAAAAAUUCUUGUCGAAGGCGCUAAUGCUACCAUGCUUGAUAUUGAUUUCGGUACAUAUCCAUAUGUAACAUCAUCUAAUUGUAGUAUCGGUGGUGUCUGCACGGGUCUUGGCCUUGCGCCAAAAUAUAUUGGUGAUAUAUAUGGUGUUGUCAAGGCUUAUACAACACGUGUUGGUGAUGGCGUCUUUCCAACAGAGCUAAAAAAUGAAAUCGGUGAACAUCUGCAAACACGCGGUCGUGAAUGGGGUGUAACAACAGGACGAAAACGUCGUUGUGGUUGGCUCGAUCUUGUUUUACUUCGAUAUACAACUAUGAUAAAUGGUUUCACAGCUUUAUGCUUAACGAAACUGGAUACACUUGAUGAAUUAGCUGAGAUAAAAAUUGCAACAACGUAUAAACGAAAUGGAGUUGAAUUACCAAGUUUUCCUGCUUCUGUGGAUGCGAUGCAUGACAUUGAAGUUGAAUAUGUAACAUUUCCUGGUUGGAAUAAAUGCUCAACAUCUGAAUGUCGUACAUUUAAUUCCCUGCCAGGCAAUGCUCGUCUUUAUGUGCAAUUUAUUGAACAAUUUCUUGGUGUUCCUGUAAAAUGGAUUGGUGUCGGUAAAGAUCGUAUGGCAAUGAUUCGCGUUUUCUAA